CCGGGCAUUUGUGCACCCCCUCCCUGGAGGCCGCCCCCCCUCCAUCCCCGCCGGGAUGCGCAAGCGCAGGGCUCUCUCGAGUCCUGAAUUAGCCCGCUGUUGGAUGCCGUCUUUUCCUUCCCACCUCCAGAUCUCACGCCGCGGCGCCUUCGCACACCCCUCCCCAUGCCCUUGGGAACCGCCCCCCCGGAUGAGGCUGGCACUCCCCCCUUCUCUGCCCUACGAUAGUAAACCAUUGCCUAGCAUCGUUUGACUCCCUCCUUGAGGUCGAUCCCGUCCGGCUGGGCCCAGUCCUUUGGCAACCCGGAUGCACGUUGCCUAUAUCUACUUCGUGGGGCCCCCAACGUCCCAAAGCUUCGGACGGACACACAAGCCUCUCAUCGACAAAGCUCAACUGCCUUGCCUGACGUUGCAACUCUACGACAGCUUCACUCGUUGGCAGAUCACAACCCAUUACGCCCUAGUCCGCGUGAGAAUAACACUGCACCUCGCUGCUGUGCUCUGCUCCUCGCCGGCCCGCCUCGCGCGACCUGCUUGCGUUUGCGACUUGAUCGAUAGCAACAACACUGGGGCUUGACCACCACUAUACCUGUGAGGACGAGACGGAAAGAAAAAAAAUAUAUCCAGCAGUUUCCCAUUGCCCAGCAGCAGCACCCUUUUGGGACAACAAAGGGAGGCAGCGCGGCACGAGACACUACCAGGGCACGUCAUAAUCGCAACCUCGACCCUCCCCUGCCCGCGACUCUCCCGAGGCCCCGCCACAGUUCCUCGGCGGCCCCGUGAGACACCAUUCUUGUGACACAUUCGAACGUGGGAAAAAAGCACAAUUUCAAAGGAGAAACUCCCUUGAAUGAGACGCACUAUGGCCGCCAUGGCCGAGCAACCGUUCCACAUGUUCCAGCAUCAGCAACAAAGCUAUCCCGAGCCUCCUCAGCACGCCUUCACGUCUCCGCCAAUGGAUAUGGGCCUCACUGCCGAUAGUGCCUUUGGCGCCGGCUUCCCGCGCUCAGGCCAGGACGCCUAUCCGGCCGCGACGACCAUGGGCUUCGAAGCCUCGCUCUACGCCGACACCCCAAACUACCUCGUCAACGGUCGUGCCUCGCCGGGAUCGUACCAUGACGACAGCGACAUGCGAUUGCCAUCCUCGAGCCUUUCCUCGGCUUCUGCGCCAUCAGCACCCUCAUCGGCCAUCGGCUCGCCUCAGUCCAACCACGGCCAACUCGGCGGCGUCGCCGAGUGGAACGCACAGGGCAUGGCUGUGCAGCCAAGCAUUGUUGGCAACGACUACAUUACAGGCACCGAGUACUUCCCCGGCACGAGCAUGGAAGACCUGGGCGCCUUCAACUUUGCAGCUUCGCAGACGAAGACAUUCGUUGACCCGUCCUUGAUCCAUCCCGAGAUCGCGCGUCCACCCAUGGCCAUUUCGCCCUAUGACGGCCAUUUUCAGCAUGCGCCGAAUCCCUUCGUCCCCUCGCCUUCUGUCUCCUCGUCGCCUCAGCCCAAUCUCCUCCGCACCAACAGCUCCUCACCCUACCUCCACAAUGGGCCCUUCCAGGCCGGCUUCGCUGGUAGCCCUUAUGGGGCGCCCAUGGACACGGGCCGUCGCGUCAGCAUGCCCGGCGGCUUCAUUUCGCCUGGCUCCGCCGAGUACCACAGCAACGACGAGACCAAGGAGAAGCAGCGCUGCACCUACCCCGACUGCGGCAAGGUCUUCAAGGACCUCAAGGCGCACAUGCUCACACACCAGAAUGAGCGCCCCGAGAAGUGCCCCAUCCAGACUUGCGAGUAUCACGUCAAAGGCUUUGCUCGCAAGUACGACAAGAACCGCCACACCCUGACGCACUACAAGGGCACCAUGGUGUGCGGCUUUUGUCCCGGAUCCGGCUCCCCCGCGGAGAAGUCGUUCAACAGAGCAGACGUCUUCAAGAGGCAUCUGACUGCGGUUCAUGGCGUGGAGCAGACGCCGCCCAACAGCCGCAAGAAGACACCUACUGGCGUCAGCGCUGGCAAGAAGCUGACUGGCUACGCACCCGAUGCUACUGGCAAGUGCAGCACUUGCUCUCAGACCUUCUCCAAUGCGCAGGACUUCUACGAGCAUCUGGACGACUGUGUGCUGCGCAUUGUGCAGCAGGAGGACCCGGCCGAGGCCAUAAACGCUCAGCGCCUGGCCGAGGUUGAGAACGACAAGAGCGUCCACCAGACACUCGAGAAGAACAACUUGCCCACGACCACGCAGACGGUCCAGACGGAGGAGGACGAGGAUGACGAGGAGAUGGAGGACGACAACGACGCCGAUGAGACUACGUCAAGAGCCAACUCGUCCCCCUCGACCAAGAAGAAGUCGAACCCCCCCAAUGGUGUCCAGAAGUCGCGUGGCAUGACCCACUCGCGCGGCGGCGUCCCGCUCGCCACCAAGGCUCGCGGUCGGAAAAACCGCCGCGACUACCCGUCGUCUUGGGGGUUUGACAAGGGGCAGAUGAACAUGAAGAAGCGCAUCAUGGCGGUGUUCGACGGCCCUCGCCGCCUGGCCAAGGACGACAUGAUGCUCUCCACGGAUCACGAGGUGCGCAUCAAGCUGUCGGAUGGCAAGUCAUACGUGACGGACCUGGACGUCCAGACGCUGAAGCGCGCCGAGGGCUUCCUGGGCGCCACGGAAGACGAGAAGGGCCCGUGGAUCUCGGAUGACCCGACCGAGGAGCAGCUCACGGAGAUGAAGGAGAUGCUGGAGACCAACACUGCCUCCAUCUAAUGACACAUGUACUGGAUCAACAACAAUCAUCCUAUCUUCCCGCGAAACACGAGACUGGGAGUUUAGGCUUCAUGGGAAGAAUACCACUUGACCACUUAGAUGGAAGCAUGGCGGACGGCGCACGAGAAUUCUACGGGAUAUCCAACGGUUUCAGGGUUGACGGCAGGGACGGUGUUUGGGGCCAAUAAUGUUGGGAUUUGCUUUCCCCCUUGUUUUCCUGUUGGUGCCGGGUUUGGUUCUUUGACGACUUGGAUGGGCCAUGCCAACUAGGGACUCCUCUUUGGCCAGGAGUGAGGCGAUGUACUUGAUACCCUGAGGUUUCUCUGCGAGUAGGGUCGCAUUGAUUGGCAGUCGGCCUCGAUUCGACUGUAAUAUCAACUUUGAUCGUUAAUCUCCCAAGGGAGCGAAUGCUCAUUUCCCUCGUGUCAGCUCAGCGUCUCAAACCGCGCACUAAGCACAAGCCGGCG